GAAGUGGUCUUAUUGAAGGCUCGGAGGGAGGCGGCGGCGGCAUCGUGUGUGCGGUCGGUCGGUCAGUGGGGGUGAAUCUAGAGCCAGGCGCUCCGUUCCGAAUAAUGAUGAAGCAGGCCUGGUUUCUGGCGGUGCUCUGCGCGCUCUUGGCCUUCGCUUUUGUUCGGGCGCAAGAUGAAACCGUGGAGGAGGAUCUUGGGAAAAGCAGGGAUGGCUCAAGAACUGACGAUGAAGUUGUUAAGAGGGAGGAAGAGUCUAUCCAGCUAGAUGGUUUGAAUCCUGCUCAAGUUAAAGAAAUAAGGGAAAAGGCUGAAAAAUUUAUGUUUCAAGCAGAAGUUAACAGAAUGAUGAAGUUGAUCAUUAAUUCACUUUAUAAAAACAAAGAGAUAUUUCUGCGUGAACUGAUCUCUAAUGCUUCUGAUGCACUGGACAAGAUCCGAUUGCUAUCACUAACAAAUGAAACAGCACUGCAUGCCACAGAAGAAAUGACGAUCAAGAUAAAGGCUGACAAAGAGAAGAACAUGCUUCAUGUCACAGAUACCGGUAUUGGCAUGACUAAAGAGGAGUUGAUUAAAAACCUUGGCACAAUUGCAAAGUCUGGAACAAGUGAAUUCUUAAAUAAGCUCACAGAGAUGCAAAAUGAGGACCAGUCCACCUCAGAGUUAAUUGGUCAGUUUGGUGUUGGAUUCUACUCUGCUUUCUUAGUGGCAGAUAAGGUGAUUGUUACAUCCAAGCACAACAAUGGUACACAGCAUAUCUGGGAAUCUGACUCCAAUGAGUUUUCUGUAAUAGAGGAUCCUCGAGGAAACACACUGGGACGAGGUACAACUAUCACCUUAGUUUUGAAGGAGGAAGCAUCUGACUACCUUGAACUGGAAACAAUCAAAAAUCUAGUGAAGAAGUACUCCCAGUUCAUCAACUUUCCUAUCUAUAUCUGGAGCAGCAAGACAGAAACUGUCGAGGAACCAAUAGAUGAGGAGGAAGCAAAGGAGAAGGACGAAAAGGAAAAAGAUAGUGAUGAUGAGGCAGCAGUUGAAGAGGAAACUGAAGAAAAAGAGAAAACAAAGAAGGUUGAGAAGACUGUCUGGGAUUGGGAGCUGAUGAAUGACAUUAAACCAAUCUGGCAAAGACCAACCAAAGAAAUAAAAGAAGAUGAGUACACAGCUUUCUAUAAGACCUUUUCUAAGGACACAGAUGAACCAAUUGCUCAUAUCCAUUUUACUGCUGAAGGAGAAGUAACAUUCAAAUCAAUACUGUUUGUGCCCAAAACUGCGCCCCGUGGUUUGUUUGAUGAAUAUGGAUCCAAAAAAUCUGAUUACAUUAAGCUCUUUGUUCGUAGAGUGUUUAUCACAGAUGACUUCCAUGAUAUGAUGCCAAAGUAUUUGAAUUUCAUCAAGGGGGUGGUGGACUCUGAUGACCUGCCUUUGAAUGUCUCCCGUGAAACUCUGCAACAGCAUAAAUUGCUGAAGGUUAUUAGAAAGAAACUAGUGCGUAAAACCCUAGAUAUGAUCAAGAAGAUUGCAGAAGAAAAAUAUGAAGAAAUAUUCUGGAAGGAGUUUGGAACCAACAUCAAGUUGGGUGUAAUCGAGGAUCACUCUAAUAGAACCCGUUUGGCUAAGUUGCUACGGUUCCAGUCUUCUCACCAUGAGUCCAAACAGACUAGCUUAGAGCAGUACCUGGAAAGAAUGAAAGAGAAACAAGACAAAAUCUACUUCAUGGCUGGAGCAAGCAGGAAAGAGGUUGAAUCUUCCCCCUUUGUUGAAAGAUUGUUGAAGAAGGGAUACGAGGUUCUGUACCUUACAGAACCUGUAGAUGAAUACUGUAUCCAAGCUCUGCCUGAAUUUGACGGAAAGAGAUUCCAGAAUGUUGCCAAAGAAGGGUUGAAAUUUGAUGAAAGUGAAAAAGCAAAAGAAAAGCAUGAAGCAUUGGAGAAAGAGUAUGAGCCACUCUUGACCUGGCUGAAAGACAAAGCUCUGAAAGAUAAGAUUGAAAAGGCUGUCCUGUCCCAGCGUCUCACUGAUUCUCCUUGUGCUUUAGUGGCUAGUCAAUAUGGGUGGUCUGGUAAUAUGGAGAGAAUCAUGAAGGCCCAGGCCUACCAGACUGGAAAAGAUAUUUCCACAAACUACUAUUCUGGCCAAAAGAAGACAUUUGAAGUUAACCCAAGACAUCCUUUGAUUAAGGAAAUGCUAAGACGAGUUAAGGAAAGUGAAGAUGAUAAUACUGCUACAGAUCUUGCUGUGGUGUUGCUCGAGACUGCCACACUACGUUCAGGAUACCAAUUACCAGAUACUAAAUCAUAUGGUGAUAGAAUUGAAAGAAUGCUUCGUCUCAGCAUGAACAUUGAUCUCAAUGCUCAGGUUGAAGAAUAUGAAGAAAUUGUAGAUGAUGAACAAGAUGAGGCAAAAGAUGAUGAUGUGAAGGAAGAGGAUGCAGAGGAAAGUGAUGAAACAGAAGAACAGACUGAAGAAUCCACAGAUACAAAAGAUGAAUUAUAAGGGAUUAAUACUAUCGUCAAUCUACAUUGAAUAGGGAGAUGUAUACUGCUGGGAUGUGAAACCAUUGAACAGAAUGUUGAAGAACAAAUGAUUCAUUCAUCCCUAUUAAAAGGUCUAGGAGGGCAAAGGAGUUUUGUAUGUUAUUUACAUUCCUUGUGGAAGUGAAAUGACUGUAAAUUUGUAAUAUUUAAAAUGACAAUUUCUUGUGAAGUGUCAUGUAAACCAUAAAUAAAACUUUUCCACAAACUCA